UCAAAUUUGGUACACAUUUCACAUUCACUUUGAUAAUUCAUAUACGUGUUCGUUUUUGGAAAAUAUUCUAGUACGUGUUUUUACGUACUCAUCUGCAUGCGAUCUCGAGCUUAUAGUCACGGGUUACUCAAACCAAUUUACCUAGUACGGACUAGUAUAUAUAAUACUGUAUAUAUUCCCCAAGAUAUACUCAUCCAUCAUACAUCUUCCUAUCUUUACAUAGUUAAGUUUAUGGUUUUCAAAAAAAAAAAAAAAAAAACAUAGUUAAGUUUAUUACAAUCCCCAAGCUAACCAUGGGGAAAACACAACUUACAGCUAUGUUUUUUAUCUACAUGUUUUGCAUGCUUAUAUCUUUGCCUCCCAUUUACGCUUGUGGUUAUUGUGACAAGCCCAGUCACCCACCUUCCGGCCACCCUCCUUCACGUCCAAGCCCCUAUCCUCGUUCACCGCCUCAUCAUGGGGGUAAGCCACCGCAUCAUGGAGGUAAGAAACCACCCCAUCACGGAGGAAGUGGUGGGCCUAAGGUAUCACCACCCGUGGUUGUACCACCCAUAAUCAUGCCACCAAUCAUCAUUCCAGCUCCUCCUGUUGUUACACCUCCUCCAGUGAUAAUCACUCCCCCGUCUGUUCCAUGUCCUCCAGGUGCUCCUGGGUCUCCUGGAAUGCCUGGCCCUCCUGGUACACCUGGAACUCCUGGAUCUCCCGGUAAAGGUGGAGGUGGUGGUAGUCAUGGAGGAGGAGGCUAUACUCCACCUGGAAAGGGAGGAGGAGGCGGUGGUGGAUCUCCUCCUGGACAAGGCGGCGGAGGAGGUAAAUCCCCUCCUGGACAUGGUGGAGGUGGGACCCCACCGGGAACAGGAGGAGGAGGAUAUGGUCCACCUGGUGGUGGAAGUCCAGGGAUUAUUCCAAAAACAUGUCCAAUAGAUGCAUUAAAACUGGGGCUAUGCUUGGACGUUCUAGGAGGUUUGGUGCAUAUUGGAUUAGGAGACCCAGUCAAGAAUAUGUGCUGUCCAGUUUUACAAGGUUUGCUAGAGUUAGAGGCGGCAUUAUGUCUAUGCACAGCAAUAAGGCUAAAGCUUCUCAACUUGAACAUAUACAUUCCGCUUGCUCUCACUGUUCUUGCAACAUGCGGAUUUAAUCCUCCAUCUGGUUUCAUUUGUCCACCUAUCUCUUGAUUAGAUAAACUUCAUCUUGAGGAUUCUAUCUUACAUUUCUUAGGAAAUUCACUAUUUUCGUUCUACUUCGUAUGUAUGUGUUGUGUUAUCACUCUCCUAACUCGGAGAAAAAGUGUACGUGUGUUAAUUAAGAUCUUGUAAUGUUUUCUAUGUUCGUUGUACGUUGGUCUUACUCAGCUUCUAUAGUUGCUAGUAGCAGCUUGCUACUUAAUUAUAUAGCUGGUUGACCUUUUCUUUUUGUCUGGAAAUGCAUGAUGAAAUUAGUUUAGUUUACAACAAGUUUCGAUCCUUUAUUAUUGUUAAAAAUCGAUCAUCUCGAGUAA